UGUGUGUGUGUGUGCGCGCGCUGGUCUCAACGUAGCACGUCGUGUUUCCCUUCCUCAGUCUCAGCGUGAUGAGACGUGCUAGUUAACGGAUUUUUUAUUUUUUCGUAUGAAAAGUUUUGCAUUUACAUUGCUUUAAAACCUUCUUUUAAUGUCGUUUUGUAAGACAUUCCGCUCUUGGGACGUAGCACAAUCUGUUGACCAAGACGAAAAAAAGACGACUUCGUUUCUACUGAAGAGUGUCCGCUUCCCCUCCCCUCCAUGAAGCGCUGCGAUGCCCUCUGAUUUUGUAUCGCUCCUUAGCUCGGACCUCGACCUCAAUUCCCCCAAAUCUUUAUACGCUAAAGAGUCUGUAUAUGACCUCCUCCCCAAAGAGCUUCAGCUUCAGCAGUCGACCACCCAGACCGACUCAGCCACCAUGAGCCAGAAGAGCGGGGGAGAGGCGGGGCCUCCUCCAUCGGCAGCCUUGGCUUCAGAUGCAACAUCUUCCACCUCCAGCCCCUCUGCCUCCUCCUUGGCGAUGGGAGCCCCACCAUGCUCUGGCAUAUCCACUGGCCCCGCCUCUUUGUCUUCAGACCAUCACAAGGCCCCCCAGAAUCUUCACUCCACUGGAGGGGAUGGCGCUGGCGCUAUAGCUUCAGAAGUGCAAGUCAUGGAGGGAGCUGCAUCUGCUCCCAGCAAGAGCAACAGUGGCGCAAGUGCUGCAGCAGGCGAUACUGGGUCAGGGCUCGGAGUUCAGCAGCCUCAGAACACCCCAUCAAAGCGGAGGCCUGUAUUGAGCAUAUCUCCACCACCUGAGGACCUGUUUGAUGACAGUCAGAUGUCCUGCCUAGAGGAGCCCCCUGUAGCUGGAGCACCAGGUCCAGACUCAGAGCAAAGCAGCAGCAUGUGGGCUGAUGACUCCGUCUCCAACUUCAGCUUAGCCAGUUCCUUUUCCUACAACGACAACACAGAGGUGCCACGCAAAUCAAGAAAACGAACCCCUCGUCAGCGACCUGGCCCAAAGCCUGCUCCUCCAGAGGACAGCAUGGACGUGUUUGAUGCCGACAGUGCCAAGGCACCUCACUUUGUCCUUUCCCAACUUGGCCCAGACAAGACCAGUCCUAUAACCAGCUCUCUGGAUUCAGGUACUGCGGUGAAGGGUGGCUCACUAUCUGCCCAGUUCCCCCCGAAAAGCAGUGGGAAAGAAUUAAAGAUCCUGGUGCAACCUGAAACUCAGCACAGAGCUCGCUAUCUGACCGAGGGCAGCCGAGGCUCUGUCAAAGACCGUACACAGCAGGGAUUCCCCACGAUUAAGUUGGAGGGUGUUAGUGAGCCAGUUGUACUGCAGGUAUUCGUAGCAAACGAUGCAGGCAGAGUGAAGCCACAUGGUUUCUAUCAGGCCUGCAGGGUAACUGGCCGCAACACAACCGCCUGCAAGGAAGUGGACAUUGAGGGCACCACUGUUAUAGAGAUCCCUCUUGAGCCCAGCAAUGACAUGACACUUGCGGUGGACUGUGUGGGAAUUUUAAAGCUACGCAAUGCCGAUGUGGAGGCACGCAUUGGUGUGGCAGGAUCCAAAAAGAAGAGCACGCGUGCUCGGCUGGCCUUUAGAGUCAGCAUCCCCCAGACGGAUGGCUCCAUGCUCACUCUACAAGUCCCCUCGUCGCCCAUUCUGUGCACCCAGCCAGCAGGAGUACCAGAGAUCCUGAAGAAGAGUCUUCACUGCUGCUCAGUGAGAGGAGGAGAGGAAGUUUUUAUCAUCGGAAAGAACUUCCUCAAAGGAACCAAAGUAAUUUUUCAGGAGAACAUUGCAGAUGAUAGUUCCUGGCAAGCUGAGGCCAAGAUAGACAUGGACCUUUUCCAUCAGAAUCAUCUGAUUGUGACAGCCCCUCCAUUCCACAACCAAUCCAUAACUUCCCCUGUGUCUGUGGGAAUUUUUGUGAUGACCAACGCUGGUAAAUCACAUGAAGCCCAAUCAUUCACCUAUACACCAGACUCAGCUGAUGACACAGACACCCAGACAGUAAAAACAGAGACAACUUCCUUCAAGACGUGUGUAUACGAUAGUCAAAUCAAAUCAGUGUCUGACCAAGCUGAAUCUUCGGGUCAGCCUACCAAACGAGAAGAGGACACACCAAUGGAAGUGUCUAGCAAUCCACCGCCCUCAAAUGUCUUCAAGCAAUCCCCUAACCCAAUUGUCACAGUGCAGCAAACACUGGAGGUCAGCUCCAGCCCUCAUUCAAGUGGGGAACCAUUUCAGAGCGCAAUGUCCCUUCAACCGGAGGAUGUGGAGCUUCCCCAGGUGCCCCCAGUCUUCCCCAGCCUCGAGUCCCUCAACUCCAUACAAAAGCAAGACAUUGCCCCAACCACAUCCUUCCCAAUGUCAGGAGAUCCAACAAUCCCUCCUGUGACACCGGAGGUUCCCCAGCAGUUCCUGAGAGACCCUCAGGAAAGCCUGCCUCCUGAACGCUCACACAACAGCGGUGGGGUUGUGGUUGUAGCUAUGCCCCAAAUAACAGCACCUUCUCAGCCACAGCAGUCACAGGUUCCUUUGUUUGCCCAGGAAGGAGUCACCCAGCUGGAGAGAGCUGUAAGAGAGCUCCAGGCUGGAAGUAAUACAGCCCUUCAGCAGGUUUUAGAAGCAGCUGUAGUCCAGCAGCAGAUAAACUCUGUGCUUUAUAGCGCUACACCCACUGCAGAAUCCCUUCAACAGCAUGUCCAAGAGAACAUGAACAGCCUUCGAUUGGGAGCUGCAGAUAAUUCGCUGUCGCAACAGCAACAACUGCAGAUGCAGCAACAGCAGCAGCAACAACAACUGCAACAGCAGCAGCAGCAAAUCCAACAGUUUCAACAACACCAACAACACAUACAACAACAGCAAAUCCUUGAUAAUCUUCAACAGCAGCAAGUCAUUGGAAACAUGCAGAUCCAACAACAACUUAUACUACAGCCACAAGACCAACAGCAGCUACAGCAGCAACAUAUGCUGGAGAACAUUCAACAACAACAAUUGCAACAGAAUCAGCAACAAGUCAUGAAUAACAUCCAACUCCAGGAUCAGCAGCAAAGUCAAAUUCUGAGUACUUUACAACAACAUCAACUCCAACAGCAACAAAGCCAAGCAUUGAGUAACCUACAGCAGCAGCAGAUGCAGGAACAGCAAGCUUUGGAAAAUCUACAACAGCAGCUGCAGGCGGAGUUGCUCCAGCCUCAGAUCCAUUCCUCCCCCCAAGUACAGCAGCCAGUCUCCCUAUUGCAGCAAGCAGGUGAGAUGCUCACCAUCCAAACCAGCUUCCCAACACAGCCCCCAUCCCAUACGUCCCCCCCACAGCAGCUCUUUCAGUCCCCGGGGCCCAUUGCGGAUACACAGGGCUCCCAACAGCAGGUUCAAGCUGCUCUGCUUCAGAAUACGCUUACAGUUCUGACAAGUGGCAGCCUCACCACAGAGCAGCAGUAUCUUUCCUCUAACACUCAAUCCCAACAACAGCAGCAGUUGACAUUCAUUUCCACCAUGGACACGUCUUCCAGCCAGCCCCAGUCUGUUGCCAUGUUUCAGAACCAGCCUCAAGCUCAGCUGUCUCAAAUGCAGCAACAGAGCACCCCCAUGGAACAACAACAAUCCCCACAACAGAGUCAACAGUCACCGCAAAUUCCAAUUGGGCAACAGGGAUCCUUGUUCCAGACCAUACCAAACCAUUCACAGCCUAACCCCAUUCCCCAGAGCCAGCUGUCCCAAACUCCGCAGGCAGGUCUGCUCCUCUGCACAACUGAUCUAGACCCCCAGGCCAUUCCCCAAACUAUCCUCUUCAGCGCCCAGACCCAAGGUCCUUCCCCGAUGGGUGGCAUCACUGUUGGAAUUCCGCAGCAGGAGCCAGUAGAACCCAUGUCCUUCCAGGAUCAGACAUCAACAUCCGCACAGAAUCAACAGCGGAGCCUGUUCCAGGAACAGCAGCCAAUGCAAGUGGGCUCAAGUUCUUCUAGCGUCCCUAACAGUCAACCCGUGGAGCUUUUCCUACCCCAGACAUCACUGUCCAGCCUUCAGAGUACUCUUGGUUCACAGGAUCUGAACAAUCAGGCAGCGCCCCCCGGCACAACAAUCUUUGUGGUCCAAGGGACUGUAGGUGUGGUGGACAACCCUGGCCAGCAGCCCCCAGAGCAGCUUUUCCAGACAAAUGUGGGUGAUAAUGUAGCCCAACGAGGACCACCAAACCUGUUUGUGUUUGGCAUACAGAAUGACACUCCCCAGCUCCUCAACUCCCCUGGAUCAACCCUUCCAGUUCCGAGCCAAGCCCCAAACUCGGGUCACAUGCAGCCCCUCAUGGAACAGCCCAUCUCCCAAGCUGCAACCUCGAUGCCGCCCACCAUGCACAGCAGCUUACAGGGCACUCUUCAGGCACAAAUGCAGUCCAGCUUGGAGAGCGCCAUGCAGAGCAGCCUGCAGAACGCCAUGCAGACAAACGCCCAGGUGACCCUGCAGCCUGGUCUGCAGACCACCAUAGACACAAGCCUGCCGACUCCGAUGCAGACCAAUCUUGAAAUACAAAGCAGCUUACAGAGUACACUGCAGGGGUCGAUAUCGCCGUCGUCCAACAUGGGCAAAAUAGAGGACCUACUGGAAAGCCUACAGAAGCAGUGAGGAUGUCCGCGGGACCACGUGGAGAGAAGGUGACGUGUAGCCAUGCACUCUCAAAAUCAACAAGACUAGCUGCGCAUGGUGUUUUGGGCCAAUGCCACAAAACUUUAAAAAUAAAAAAAAGUAUAUUUAAGAGUUAAAUGCCCCAUUUUACCUAAAACCCCCAAAUGAUGAGUUAAUGUAACUCAUUUUUAUUAACUAUUUAUCAUAAAUUAUAGCCUUUGUAUAUCCAUUUCCUUGAAUUGAUGAUCUGCCUUUUGUUAUUACCCCUCUUGCAGGAUCAGAGGGGCCUGUAAUAACUGCUUUAUCCGUAAGUCUGGGGGGGGGGGAGAUGCAGUGUUUUGUUCUCAAGAGUGUUUUAAUAAUGUUGGGCCUACGAGCGGGGGCAAACCAACCAGGUUGUUUUUCAUGGAAAAACUGGAAGGAAAGAAAAGGAAUGUCACUGACUGAAGCAAACUUGACAAAAGUGCGAUGAGCAGGCGGUAAAACAGUUAGUCAUGGAUUCGACAUCCAAUUGCAGAAAAACGUCGGGCUGAAUCUCAUUUUUGGAGUGUGGAAACUCUUUUUUUUUUGCCCCGAGCGGUGACGACUGUAGGCAGGCUUUGUGGAGCAGCUAAUAUGUAUUUUGAAUAACUGAAAUCUGAUAACAAUUAAGGCUCUUACAUUAUGCACAUUUGACAGGAGGGCACUUUCAAGAUCAUUCAAAACUAUGAAUACACAUUUGUCAAAAGUGGUUUGAAUAUAUUUAUUGUUGGUGUACUUUCAAGUUUAACACUCCUGAAUGAGAUUUAACCUGGUUAAAUACUGUGACUUCUCUCUGUGUUUCCAUGCGUGCAGGCCUCCAAAUAACUAUGAAGUUUGUUGUAUCUUUUUGUCUUUGAAGGUAAACCUUUACCGAGUCAUUGUGGAUAGAAACUUUACACUUGUGAGUGUUGUGUGGUUUUAUAGACAUUUUAUCUCAAGCACUUUAUAACCUCUUCUGUAUAACCAGCUAAUCCUUUCAUCCAUCCACGCAUGCAUUUGUACACAGAAACAUUAAGACUUAAAAAGCAGAGGAAAUGAACACAAAAAAAACAACUAAUUGUCUUUGUGCGGGAUAAAAACAUCACAAACAACAAUUUUUCAUCUUAAUGUCUCCGUAGUUUUAAUGUCCAAGGCAAUUAUGUAAUGAAAUUAUGCUCACAGCUCAAUCGCAAUUUUUAUUGUACCAAAGACUGUUGGGGCCACACUGGAAAGAAAAAUAUUUAAAAAAUUAAGUUGCCAUCAUGAGAAUGAAAUUGGCAUUUUUAUGUGGAGGAAAAAUUGUAAAGCUUUGAGUAAAACGACCAUUUAUAUAUAAUAAUUUUGUAGUAAGAGAAUAAUUACAGAUCUCGAAUAAAGUCAUAAUAUUACGAGAAAAUGUUGUAAUAUUAGAAUUUUGAGAAAGAAGCUGCACAUUUGAUGAGAAUUUUGUCCUAACAAUCUUAUUGAAAAUGUUAGAGUAUAACUAAAAUAGAAUAUAUGAAAUAUAAAUUGCUGCUGUUUCACUGGAUUGAAUUCGUAAUAUUAGCAGAAUCAAGUUGUAGUUUUUCAAGAAAAAAGUUUUAAUAGAGUAUUGUUAUAAUAGAAACUCUAAUUUUAACAAAAAUGCAAUUAUAAUGAGAACCUCUAAAAAUUGUAAAGUUUGCACUUUUACGGGAGUAACUUCAGAAUGACAAUAAAAAGGGGGAAUAUAAAAAACAAUAGUCCACGUCACAUCAGCAUCAUCAUCCAUAAAAACAAUUGAAUAUAAUUUUCCUGUAAUAGCAUUAUAAACUAUAAAGGUUGUUCUGGUAAUGAGACUGUAUUCACGUUCCUUUUUGCAUAAUUUAAGAAUUCCUUUCAGUGUGACCUUAAUGCUCCUUGGUAGAAUUGUGGUCCAAUCCCUAUUUAAUCAGUGUUUGAAUUUUCUAUUGGCUUUUUCCAUAAGGCUUUAUUGAAUAUUUUGUUCUUUUUGCCGACUCCUCUCCGUUCAGACUGCUGUUUUUUUUGUGACGUUCACUUGUUGGGUGUGAAACAGUUGGAAGGCACCGUGUGAAGUUGGCAUCUUCCUGACUGGGACAAUGGAGGCUGCCAUUUUGAUUCUACGGUGCUAUGUUACAGCAGGGAUGGGAUUCUUUCUUUGAAAUAUCAGCUACGCAGGCAUUGCAAGUUGAGUGGAGUGGAGUUGGGGGGUGGGGGGUAGGGGGGUUCGGACUGGACCACAAACCAAAGCUCCCGUCAUCAAAUGGUCUCGCGUCUGUCCUUCAGAAAUCCUGUUUACUCAUUUCUAUUGCAGCUCUUGUAUGUACAGUGGAGAGGAACAUAUUGUAUUGUAAAGGUACUUUUAGUUACAUUUCCACCAACUUUAUAACUUGGCAUAUCUACACCAACAUGGCGUCAAGCAAAAAAAAAAAGUCCCAUAUUUUGACUGACAUCGCUCAUUAAAAAAAAGCAUUUGUUUACAUCUACUCGCAUCCCGUCGCUGUUAGUGAUCCAUUUUAAAAGUAAAUUAUCUUUUUUAGAAUUUUGUAUCUGUGUAUCAAAUGUAGACUAUUUUUGUAAUUAAAAAAAAUAAACAAGUGCAGAAUAUCAGUGCUGGUAUGUUGCCUGAAAGCAAGCGUAGGUGUGGUGAAAAGAAGUCAAACUGAAUUUUCUUUGAAGUUCCUACAAUGGAAGUCCUGAUGUGGGUUUUGGUCACUGGUGGUCUUUUUUUUUUUUUUUACCCCAAACCUCCUUGGUCAUGCAUCUCAAAUGGCACUUUUGACUCACACAGUAACUGUAGGUCAGACUCUAGGGCACUAGUUUCCAAGCAUUCCAUUCCCAUUUGUGUAGGGGAGCUAAAGAGCACAUGAUGGUGAUAGGUGACAUGGAGUAUGCCUCUUAAAGCCAUGCUAACACAAAAGAAGAAGAAAUGGCUCAUACUAACACAAAAAAGGAGGAGACGGCUUCAGUUUUAUGAAUGUAAUUUUUUACCUCAUUGUAUGUGGACAUCAGACCAAUUAGAUAUUGAAGGGCGCACUCACACUGCUCUGCUCCGUUAUACCACAUCAUACAAGGACACUUCAUUUGGACUCCUUUUGUGUCCGUCUAUUUAUUUCUAAUAGUGACAGGUGGUAAUUACCAUUAACAGGCACCGUAUGUGGGGGGCGUAGGACAAUUCAAACAAAAUAAUGACGGUUUCCUCAGAUUUCCAGGCAAUUUUCCCUGUAUGCACACUCUAUAAUGCUACACAGACCAUGACUUAUACGAAUCACAGUUAUGACACUGAUAAACUGUUACUUGCUGCUUGCUCUUCUGACUCUUCCACAUGACCAAGUAAUGUUGGAAAGACGUAGGGCUUCAACAAUUUUGUUGGCUAGUCCAGCUGCUUACUGGACCAUAUUCACAAAAUAGUCAAGUGUGAAAUGCCGUAUUUCUUUUGCUGUUCGGGAAUCAAACUGCAACCAAUUUGUGCCUGGUGGUCUCCUCGUUAAGAAUUGCAGACAAAUGUGGGAGACAUUGCUAACACAGUAAACAGAAGCCGCGCUUGGGGGGGAGGGCUUAGAGUGUAUCUGGCUUACAGUGCACGCCCAUAUAAAGAAAGCCCAGCAAUCUGUGACAUCACAAACCGCCAGUGUUAUAACACCCUCUGAAACCCAAGCGUUUUGAGCCAUCCCAAACUUCUUUCAGGGAUCACUUCCAAAUGUAUAAACCUCAUUAUCUGAAACUUUGGUAUCGUUUAACACGAUAUUACAACAUUCUAACGUCAUUUAUAGGUCAGAAAAGUGGAAAAAGCAUAAUAGGUCCCCUUUAUUAAGAAUAUUAAAAAUAGUCAGGAUGAUGGAUCAUAAUGAAAUGACUCAUCUAAUUUGCAUAUGUUGUCAUUCGUGAGCUAAGUGUGAGUGCGCCCUAACUAAGAAGUGGCACCGACUGGUAUUUAUGUUGUUUUUCGUUAAAUUGACUUUUCCGCUGGAAGAGAACCACAGGAUGGCGGUGAACGAUAAGAGCACACCAAACUUUUACACACACAUACACACACACACACACAAAAAGACAAAAAUGGCUUUUGUCCUUCAUGGGUGUAAAUGAAUAUCCGUGUGUAUUUAAAUGUGAAAAUAUACUGCAGGGGUCAUUUCAAUUGUGAUGCUUUCUAAAGAACUUUGUGUGCCUUGAUAACAAAAAAAGAAGAAAAAAAAAGAUGUUUUCUCUGCUCUGUUUACUGGUGUUUCCUCUGUGUCCUUGCUACUUUGGAUCCUCCUACGUUUGUUUCAACUACAGCCCACACUGGUUUGUUUUACUGCUAAUGUAGUUUUCUUACUGAUACGGUCAUAUCAGUCCAUGUGUUUGCCACCAGUCUUUUUCUUUUGGAUGCCUCAUGAGAUUUGUACACGUGAGGUGAAAGGGAAGAAAUUGAGAUUGUUUCUGUGAGUGUUUUGGGGUCUUUGCAUUUACUAUUGAUUAAAAUGCGUUGAUUUGUUUAAUAAUAAAAAAAAACAGCCAUGAAGUUACUGUUAAUUGCCAAUAGCGUGAGCUGUCUGUCGUCAUGUACUGAACUGUUUGCUCAUCCAUGUUGCUUUUUGUCCCACACUCCUACUCUGUGUGUGUGUGUGUGUGUGUGUGUGUUGCGUGAGCUUUAGUAUAUUUAGCCUUAUAACCCCACUGUAGGGAUAAUGGUCAACCCCCCAGUGUGUUAUCAUUCAUCUGAAUUAUAUUAACAUGUAUUUUGCCUUGGUCUGGACAUUUGUAUACUCUUCAGUUUAUAUCUGUAAUCCUGCUGCUACAUUAAAUUAAUAAAAACUAAAAAUGAAAACUCAAA